GUGGAAAAAGGUGAAGAUACUAUACACGUCUAUAAAGAUGGUUAUAAAAUUGAAUAUUUUGGCGUCCGAGAUCCGGAAACAUUCGUUUCGUGGCUUAUGGACGUCAGUCUUUUCCAGUACCAUUUUUGCUUCUGCAUAAACUGA